GCGAGCACGGUCACACCUAGACGACGUAGCUGGAGAAGAUCAUCAAUUGCAGCGCAGGAGAGGAGUGGCAGUUGGCGACGAAGAGAUCGAUCUCAUCCAAUUCUGAGCAGGAGCGGCCGGAACCAUGACGAUGGACACCACCGCCCUGCCGUCGGAGCUGCUCGUGACUCCGCAGCCGCUGGUUGGCUUCUGUGGGCUGGACACGGCCCGGGUGUCGGUGCACAAGGCCGUUUGGGAGGCGUUCAGCGGCAGUCUGCAGCGCAAGGCCGCCGACCGGGCUGCCGUGCAGUACAAGCUGCUACCACCCAACUAUGAGUUUCCGGUGGCCAAGCCCAAGCGGGCCAACUACGAGUGGUACCACCCGAAGGGCAUACUCAAGCGGAACUGGAUGCUGAAGCACCUGCACGUCCUGCCCUCGGUGGUGGUGCUGUUCCAGGAUAUGGAGUGGAAUGAUCUACAGUGGACAGAGAAGCAGGUGCAGUGUGCAGCAAUUGUGCAGGCCUUAAAAAACGCCCUGCAAGAGAGAAAUACCCGGCUGUGCCUGGUGCUGCUGCAAAGGGCAGCGCCGCUUCCACCUGGCGAAGAUCUGCUGGCUGCAGAGCGAGCCGCCAGUCUGACAAACGCUUGUGGAAUAACCAGCAAGAUGCUGUUCAUUCUCCCCCAUACAGAGCAUCUCACAGGCUACGCCCUGCGACUGGAGUCCGCCUUCUUGGAUAUGGCUCAGUCCUAUUACGCCCUCAUGUCCAAACGGAUACGCAACCAUCGGGAUCAGCUAACGGCGGCGCACACAUCGUUGAAGAUCCGCCACCAGUUUAAAUUGGGAUUCGUAGCGGAGAUGCGUCAAGACUUUAGCACAGGACAAAAGCACUAUUUUCAAGCCUAUGCCAAUCUGGACGAAAUACGCAUCAAUGACGGCAAUUGCCUGGAGAUUAAGACUCUGGCAGGAUUUUUGAACUAUAAGAUCUGUCGGCUCAUGUUUAAGCUAAAGACUCCCAGGGAUGCCAUUAACCAGUUUAUUAUCCAUGUGGAGAAGUACAAGUCUCGAGUGGGUUUCAAGGAUCUGGCCUUCGAGCAUCACGCCUGGUUAAGCACUCAACAUUCCGUAUUUGCUGAGCUGUUUUGCGAGGCCAUUAAGAACGGACUGCCCGCCCUACAGACGCAACACCCUGGAAUCUAUUACCACAAAGCAGCUGAAUAUGUGAUGAAGCGACGGGAUGCAGCGCUGGAGGCCUAUGCUGCGAUUCAAUCCUCUGCCGAAGCUACACCCACAACGAUUCAGAAUCCUUUGUCCCUGUACACAGAGUUUUUCGGAAUCCGAGCGGUAAAGACGGGCGAUCUGGUGGCCGAGCAACAAGCCAAUAUGCAGUUAUGUGAUCAGGAGCGCAGCUAUAACCAUUCAGCCGGAAUCAUAGCUCUGCUCAGCCAGGCCAUGGCCCAGUUCAAAAUUUACAAGUGCCUCAGGUUUCGAAAGAAACUAGCUAUCGACAUGGCCGAGGAGUACCUGAAGAGCGGGGAUCAUGCCAAGGCACUGACUUUGUAUUCCUUAAUGCUGCCCGAUUAUCGUCAAGAGAAAUGGUCCACGAUAUUCACUGAUGUUUUGCUUAAAACACUCCGUUGUUCGUUGCUCUCGGGUUCUGUAGCCGACUAUAUUGCGUGCAGCGUUGAAGCAUUGUCUUUGCGCCAUAAAGGCGAGCAGUCGGAGCGAAUUCUGAUACUGGAGAACCUUUGGCAGGUGUUUCAAGGCGUGCCACCCAUGCCGAAAACUCAGUUGACGCCCGAAGCGCAGGCGUUGUGGACUAGUGCGCUGGCCAGCGUGAAAUCGCCCAUUCAAAUUGAUUUAGAUAAGGUCAACGAUGUAGUGGAAAUGUGUGCCACAUUCGAGCGGGUUCAGUUGAACAACGACGACUUGCUGCAGUUGCAACUGAUAGUGCGUGUGCUCACGGAUGUUCCUUUGAGGAUACGCGGCUUCCAUGUCAUUCUAGCCGAUGCGGGGAAUCCCCAGAAUAGCUACAAACUGGAGGCACUCAAGUAUUUCUGCUUUCCCAGCCUCACGCAGCUACGUGGCCAAAAGCAGCCGGAUGAGGAGAAACUGGAGAAUCAGCCACCGGAGCCCAAAAACUUUGAAAAGAAUAUGAGAUUGGAGCCCGGCUCCUAUUACCAGCUUUUCUGCAGCACCGAAGCGCAGCAGUUUCACGAGAACACUCAACUGCGCAUCGUCCGGCUGGAGGCCCACAUGGGCACUGACCAGGUAGCCGCCCUACUCACGUGCAGCUCCAACUACUCACGGCAGCUGUUCCGACAUCACACGCGCAGCCGCGAUCUCGAUGACAACGUGACGAUCAAUCCCAUUUGCUACAUUGCGCCCACCUUUCAUUUGAACACGCAAACCAACCUUGGCCAUGGACAUGAUAACGGUUUGAAUGAGGAAAAGGAAGUGGUGGCUACAAAAAUGCUGGUCAACGAGUACUAUCCUGUUGUGACCACUGUCAGCAAUCCAUACAAUGUCUAUCUGCAGAAUGUGGGCGUGCACAUUAGUAUUCCCGUGGGUCUCCGAAAUAGUGUAUUCCUCACCACGGAUAUCUCACCGGGACGCCAAAAGCUGCACUCUCAGAUCCAAAUAGACGUGGGCGAGCUGUCCGCCCACGGGAGCAAUACGGCCACCUUCUAUAUCUUCAGUCUGACUGAGGCGGAGAUCAAGCUGCAACAGAGGUUAAGCUACACUUUGGAUGUGGAUCGCGGUCCAGGAGGAGGAGGCACCAAUGCCCGGGUGAGCACUCCGAACAGCUCGGAAUCUACGCCCGAUCACGAGGUGAAGAGUGUGGUUCAGAGCGUGGCUGCAAUUUCGCCGGUGCAGAUCGAGUAUCUGGAUGAGACGCGGUUGAGAAAGUCACGAGAAGAUACGCUCACUGUGCGAUGCUAUGGCGACUUUAAGUUCACCGCACGCUUCUACACGAUGGAUAGGAAGCCCUUGAACCAGGUGUAUCGUGGCGAGAACUUCUUGCUCAGAGCCAACACGGAAGUGGUGGCCGUGGACGAUGUGGAGAUACUAGACAGCUUCUUUAUAUGUGAUCACAACCUAGUGCAAUCAAACUACAGCUUUAAGCAAAAGAAAUACACCAACAAGUACAGCGCCGGUGAGCAACUGGAAAGCGUGAUAGUCCUCCGGACGAAUGCCACUCUGCGGGACUGGACGACUGCCCGAGAUCUCGAUCACCGCGGCAAAUUGGAGGGCAAGGCGGUAGCUAGUAAGUUUAUCAAGCCCGCACUUAAACCCGCCCCAGAGGAGCCCCUUGCUCCCACACCACCAGCCGGAAUGAGUGCCUACAUGAGCAAGAGUCUGGUGACCAAGAUACCCACUACCAUGACCAUCAUAAACAGCAAUUCGGCUGUGUCCAAUGCACUGCAGGUGGCCAAUGCUGGAGUGAUGAGCAACUCGAUGCAGUCGGAUGAUAUCAAUGUGGCUGAGGAAGCAAUAAAUACCCAAGAGGGAAUCAAAACCACUCGGCUCAUAUACAACAAGGCUUUGGAAGCUGUCCAGGGCACGGGACACUGCCGCGGCUUUAUCAAGGGUAUCUACACGUUGGAGGGUAAUCCUUCUACUGUGCCCAUUUUUGGGGUGUUCUGCAUUCGCUGGCGACGUGCCAAUGGCAAGGAGGAGAACGAGUCCAAGUUUGUGAUCCGUGGCUUGGACAUUGCAGAGCCACCGCUGAAUAUCUACUGCACCAUCGAGGAGAAGAUGUUCGUGAAAAUGCCCAUGGCCUUUAAGGUGGUGCUGAAGAAUCCCACGACGCAUGUGCUUCACCUGAUAGCCAACCUCAGUAUCAGCAAGACGGAUAACUUUAUAUGCUCGGGUCACAAGCAGCUGGACAUAUCCAUAAUGGCCUACGAGGAAAAGGAACUGGUCUACAACCUGUAUCCGCUGCAAGUGGGCUGGCAAGAGUUACCAGUGCUGAGUCUGGAGUACAAUACCAAGGCCGAUCCGCAGAAGAAAGACAGCCAGAAUGCCUUGCUCGACGAAUUGGUGCAGCGUGCACUGCCCAAACGAGUCUUUGUGCUGCCACCUCUGAAGCAACAGAACAAGUAGGGAUGAUACUGAUAUAAUGCCGCUUUAGUUUAAGUGUUUUAAAGUUUACAAAUAUCACUGGUGUGUAAAAAUUAACUACGCCUACUCCCUCUUUAUUGCUAACAACAAACAUACAUACAUAAAUAGCUAUAUUUAGAGAGUUACAUAGCGUAAUACUUGAGAGUGUGUGUGAUUGUAUUGUAUAAUGUAUUGUUAAACGGGCCAAGACGCACUCGACAUUAUUGUUAGUUGAUUACGGCGUUUUAGAUAAGCAGUGCUAAGUCCUGGUCAGUACCGCAAGUUGCACAUAUUUUCGUACAUCCUUUGAACGUACAGUAAUUAAUAAAUAAAGCAUACAAAUAUCGUUGAAA